ACUUUAACGAAUUUUAACUUUUAUUAGUACAUUAUAUAACUAAUUUAAUAGAAUAUGAGUAUUAAUUGUUUCAAUUAUUGCGUAUGUAUCAGGUGUGGUUUCAAAAUCGUCGAGCGAAAUGGAAGAAACGUAAGAAGACAACAAACGUAUUUAGAACACCAGGAGCUUUACUACCUUCCCAUGGACUUCCACCUUUCGGAGCAAUGGGUUCAGAUCUUUGUGGAGCUGCCGGAAUGUUUCACACUCCAGCAGAUCGAUGGGCAAUGGGCCCAGGACUAGGACAACUCAGUCAAAGUAGCAUGGGUAUGGCUAGUUUCGGGCAAAGUUUAGGACAAUUAAGUCAGCAGACAUCUGGGAGUCUUGGCUCAAGUUUAGGACUUGGCAAUUCUACCCUACCAAUCAGUAGCCCAUCGCAAACCGUUUAUCAAGCAACCUAUGGACUUAACUCCCUGGGUGGAGUUCAUGUGACAGCUUCCCGCGGUUCACCACCGGGUGCAUCGUCUGUGGGUACGGGCGGUGGCCAGAGUAGUGGUGGUGGCCUCGGGGGUGGUGGAAUGAAUUGUGGACAGGGUUCGCCUGGAGCUGCAUCCGGUAGUGGCGGCGGUGUUUCCUGUGUUGGCAGUGCGGAUGGGAGUGCCGGCGAGGCUACCGAUUGGAGAGGUGCACACAGCAUCGCGGCGCUCAGGCGUCGUGCCUCCGACGCCUCCCAGCAAUACAGUCCGCAGCCUCCACCACCCUCUGGGCCUCCACAAUACUCAUCCCACGAUCUCGAAUACAGUUCAGUGUAUUGA